AUGAAAGCUCGCGAGAUAUUGGAUCGCAAACGAAAAAAACUCACGUACUUUAGCUCUUGUAACUACAACAAUUGUCAAUGUCAAGGUUUUCGACCGUUUCCAAGCAAAAGAGCCGCUUCAAAGCUGGUGGAUAAAAAGGGAAAUAAUGACGCGGAAGAGUCAUCAUUGGAAUAUAAUCUCGAAUGCAUUGUGUACGCAGAUUCAAAUGAAUGCAAAGCGUGUGGACAUGCGAUCAAUAAUCAUGCGGAGAAGAUUCAGAUGCUCACUGAUGACGAAGUCAUGUCAUUCAUCAAAAGGGUUCGAGAUUUGUGCAAAUGCUGCUCGAAAGUUGAUGAAAUCUCGUCAGAGGAUGAAGAAAGCCUUCAAAUUCUUUACAUUACGAUACAAUUGCUAUUAAAAUCGUUAAGAAAUCUCACACCAAUGGAUCCACCAUCUUUCGGAAAGCCGCAUUUUGAAGCAGAAACGAUGAACCCUCAUCAAAUUGUACAAAAUUUCAUAAAUAGCAAGUAUCGCGAUUAUAAUGUAGAGAAACAUAAGGCCUAUGAUAUUGCGAAUAUGUUUCUGUCUGAAAUGAAUUAUUGGGUUCUUCCGCCGUUCAACGAAAUGUCCAAAUAUGUCGAAGAACGUCUCGAAUUCGGCCGGUACCGAAUAUUGCAUGCUCGUAUUGAAUACUACGUAAUUAUGCCAGAAACAUAUAAAUCACUUCGUCAGUAUCAACUGGUUGAGAUUUUUGGAGAAUCGACGAUGCUGCUUUUUCUGAGCUAUUUUAUAAACGCGACUUCGAAGAAUGUCUAUAAGCCGAAUUGUCUUAGCUCGAAGAAAUUCGAAGAAAACAAAGCGACGUUGUUGAAAUUCGCUCGAGAGCUCUCGAGUUUUUUGCACAACGGCGAGAACAGCGAGGAUUUGUUGAAUAUCAGCGGAACGUCUUCGAACUAUUCACGACGGGACUCGUUUGAACGCGAUAAAGACAGUGUUCUCAAGUACCAAAAACGACCGAGAAAAGAGAUUUCGGAGGAUGAUGAUGACGACGACGAGCAGGGAAGCAGCUCUAGAAAAUCGUCGAUUGAUGAACCCGAAGAGGUGCAUUUGCCGAGGAGGAAGAAGCGCGAAACGACGCAACGAACACCAGAACAAGACAAUGAAGCUGAAUUGGCGGUGAAUCAAGUGAAGGCUAUCAUCAAACUUGCCAAAAUGGAAAGGGAUGAGAAGAAAAAAAUGGAUUUGGAUGGCAGGAUUCCGACGAAGAAUGACACAGAUUUGGUGAACAUUGAGGUGAAUCGAGGUCUCGCCGCGAUGCAAGAAGAAAAGGACGGAAUGAUUGAAUUCCGGGUGAUCGGCAACAAUCUCGAUCCGUUUCAAGAUCGCGAGAAGCUUGCUCAGCUCGUCCAGCUCCAAACAUUGUUCAGUGUGCAGCUGCCGAAAAUGCCCAAGGAAUAUAUUACGAGAUUGGUUUUUGAUGAUCGCCACAAAAAUAUGGUUAUUAUUAAGAGAGGAAAAGGAGUUAUCGGCGGAAUUUGCUUCCGACAAUUCCCAUCGCGCGGAUUUGUCGAGAUUGUGUUCUGUGCGAUUACGGCGAACGAGCAGGUGAAAGGGUACGGUACACAUCUGAUGAACCAUUGCAAAGACUACCAGAUCAAGAGCAAAAUUUUGCAUGUUCUCACAUUUGCUGAUGAAUUUGCUAUUGGGUAUUUCAAGAAGCAGGGAUUCUCGACGAGAAUUGAAAUUUCGAAGAAGCAUUAUCAAGGAUUCAUCAAAGAAUACGAAGGAGCAGCUUUAAUGGGCUGCCAACUUCAUCCGCAAAUUAGUUAUACAAAUUUUGCGUCGUAUUCGAUGAAUGUUCGCAAUAUUCACAAAGCAUAUUAUGAGACGACUGGUGAUUCGAAUAAUGGACGCAAAUUUGGAGGGCUUGAACACUCGUUUAAGAAUCAUGGCACACCAUUACCUUUAAAAUAUAUUCCGGGUUGUGAGAAGCUUCAUGGCAAACGACAAUACGAUUUAGAAGAAGCCGAUGAGGUUCUCGAAGUGAAAAUCGAAAAAAUUCUCAAGAAGCUCAAAGAUGACAAAGAGAAUUCACAUAUGUUCUUAGAGCCGGUGGUUGCCAGCGAAGUGCCCCAGUAUUAUGAUUAUAUCGAGCAUCCGAUUGAUUUGAGAACAAUGAGUGAGAGGCUUAAAAAGAAAUAUUACACACAUCAGCAUUUGUUCAUUGCUGAUGUUAUGAGGCUUUUUCGAAAUUGUUACUCCUUCAAUGGCUCUGAGACACCGUACUACAAAUGGGGAUAUCAACUCAACGAAUUGGCUUUGAAAUUGUUGAAGUCCAACUUCCCUGACAGCCCAAUGUUCCCUGAACUUCCUGCACAAAAACCGACUUGUACAUCAUUUUGA